CCCUGGUCGCCAGGACGCGGCGAUGGCGGCUGCGGCGGUGGCGGCCCCCGAGGUCCUCCGGGAAUGCGGCUGCAAGGGCAUCCGGACCUGUCUGAUCUGCGAGCGGCAGCGCGGAGGUGACCCGCCCUGGCAGCACCCCCCGCAGAAAACGCACCGUUUCAUUUACUACUCUGACACUGGCUGGGCCGUGGGGGCCGAGGAGUCUGACUUUGAAGGCUGGGCCUUCCCCUUCCCUGGUGUGACGCUGAUAGAGGAUUUUGUGACCCGGGAGGAGGAAGCCGAGAUGGUGCAGCUGAUGGACCGGGAGCCUUGGAAGCUCUCCCAGUCUGGACGGAGGAAGCAGGACUACGGCCCCAAAGUCAACUUUCGGAAACAAAAGCUCAAGACCACUGGCUUCAGAGGCCUCCCCAGCUUCAGCCGGGAGGUGGUGCGGAGAAUGGGGCUGUACCCCAUCCUGGAGGACUUCCGGCCCGUGGAGCAGUGUAACCUGGACUACUGCCCUGAGCGGGGCUCGGCCAUCGACCCCCACCUGGACGACGCCUGGCUGUGGGGGGAGCGGCUGGUGAGCCUCAACCUCCUGUCCCCGACUGUGCUGUCCAUGUCCCGGGAGGCGCCCGGCAGCCUCCUGCUCUGUCUGGCCCCUUCCGGCUUCCCGGAGGCCUUGGUGGAAGGGGUGAUGGCCCCCAGCAGGUCCGUCCUGUGCCAGGAGGUGGAGGUGGCCGUCCCCCUGCCCCGCCGCUCGCUGCUCGUGCUCACGGGAGCCGCGCGGCACCAGUGGAAGCACGCUGUCCACCGCAGACACAUUGAGGCUCGCCGCGUCUGUGCCACCUUCAGGGAGCUGUCGGCCGAGUUCUGUCCCGGCGGGAGGCAGCAAGAACUGGGGCAGGAACUCCUGCAGAUCUCUCUCUCCUUUCAAGGGAGACCUAUGUGAGCCACCUCCCCGGGGACAGGCGCUGCUGCCACGCCUGGCCAGGGCGCCGGCUCCAGGCUUGACUGUUGCCAGCACUUGAGGCCGGGAAGCCCGGCACAGGGGGCUUUCUCCCCAGCUUGUUAGCUUUUAAGAGAAGACUGCUCAGCAUCCUGACACGACAACAGUGUGGGCCCCGCCUGGGGGCCAGUUGUGAUGGGAAUGUGCUCAGGUCGGUCCUGUCUGGCCUGCCCCGUGGCCACCCGUGUGGCUGGCUUGUCACAGUUGGAGGGCAGUGGGAUCAUUUGAGCUUAAACAUGUUGGUACCACCUAAAACCGUUUUCUCCUUUAUCCCUUUCUCUUAAUGAAGUUCCCUGAUAACCCUA